AUCAUUAGCUCAUCAUGUUCGCGAUUCUGCUCGCACUCAGAGAUUAAUUGCGUCGUUUCUGGAAUUCAGUUGAUUCAGCUUGUUCAUCUUCAAUCUGAAAAGCGAUAAGAGUUGCAGAAGCUUGGGGGAAGAAGAGAUGACGAUCACGCCGAAAGUUGGAAUUGUUGAUCGGAAGCUUGUGAUAAAAGAUCGGACGAUUCUCGACGGAGUUCCGGAGAAUGUGAUCGGAACAUCAGCGCCGACUUCCGCCCCGGCAGAGGGCGCCUUCUUGGGUGCGGUGUUCGAGAAGAGUAACAGUAGGCACGUUGUGUCCUUGGGGACUCUCCGAGACGUCCGGUUCCUGUCGUGCUUUAGGUUCGUUUUGUUCUGGAUGGCUCAGAAGAUGGGAGAUCAAGGGCGAGAAAUCCCUGUGGAAACUCAAUUCCUUCUAUUGGAGAUCAAGGACGGGUCCCAGCUCGAGUCGGACGGUGGAGAAGAAUCCAAUCAGGUACUCUACGCCGUUUUCCUCCCUCUGAUCGAAGGGGCUUUCCGAGCCUCUCUCCAAGGCAACGCUCGCGACGAGCUCGAGCUCUGCUUGGAAUCCGGCGACGCGGAUACCAAAGCUUCGUCAUUUUCGCACUCGCUGUUCGUCGCCGCCGACGUCGAUCCCUUCACGACCAUCGCCGACGCCAUCGGAACCAUCAAAUCUCACCUGAAGACUUUCCGGCAACUCCAAGAGAAGAAAAUCCCCGGAUUCGUCGACUACUUCGGGUGGUGCACGUGGGACGCGUUCUACGAGAACGUGACUCAGGAAGGCGUCGCAGCCGGCCUCGAGAGCCUCAUCGCCGGCGGGACUCCACCGAAGUUCGUGAUCAUCGACGACGGCUGGCAGUCCGUGAAGGCCGACGACGGCGCCAACCGGGAAGACUACGACCAGGACCCAAUACUCCGGUUAAGCGGGAUCAAGGAGAACUCGAAGUUCCAGAAGAAAGAGGACCCGACGGUGGGAAUUAAAAGCAUCGUGAGCCUCGCGAAGGAGAAGUACGGGUUGAAGUACGUGUACGUGUGGCACGCGAUCACGGGUUACUGGGGCGGGGUCCGACCCGGAAAAUACGGGUCGGUGAUGAGGACUGCGGUGGCGUCGGAGGGGGUGGUGGAGAACUACCCGCUUUGGAAGGCCCACAUGAUAGCCCGUCAAGGUAUGGGUCUGGUGGAUCCGAAAGAGGUGUCCCGGUUCUACCACGAGCUUCACGGAUACUUGAAGUCUGCGGGUGUGGAUGGGGUGAAGGUGGACGUGCAGUGCAUUUUGGAGACGCUGGGUGCAGGGUUAGGCGGUAGGGUCGAGCUCACCAGACAAUUCCACCAGGCCCUCGAUGCCUCCGUGGCUAAGAAUUUUCCGGACAUCGGGUGCAUCGACUGCAUGAGCCACCAUACUGAUGCGCUGUACUGCUCGAAACAGACGGCUGUCGUUCGCGCAUCGGAUGAUUUCUUCCCACGUGAUCCCGUAUCACACACCAUACACAUAGCCGCGGUUGCAUACAAUAGCAUCUUCCUGGGGGAGAUCAUGCAGCCUGAUUGGGACAUGUUCCAUUCGAUUCAUCCGGCGGCUGAAUAUCACGCGUCGGCCAGGGCCAUCAGCGGUGGGCCCGUUUACGUCAGUGAUGCCCCCGGCAAGCACAACUUCGAGCUCUUGAAGAAACUGGUUUUGCCUGACGGGUCGGUGCUUCGUGCCCGUUUACCCGGAAGACCUACGCGAGAUUGUCUCUUCACGGAUCCGUCGCGAGACGGUGUGAGUUUGAUGAAGAUAUGGAACAUGAACAAGUACACGGGGGUUCUGGGCGUCUACAACUGCCAAGGUGCAGCAUGGAGCUCCACCGAGAAAAGGACCAUGUUCCACACGACCCGACCCGAAGCCAUAAACCCCAGCAUUAGAGGCCGAGACGUCCAUCUCAUCGCCGAGGCCGCCGCCGAAGAGCAUUGGAACGGCGACUGCGCCAUCUACCGACUCUCCACCGGCAAUCUCGUGGCUCUCCCCCACAAUGCCACCUUCUCAGUCUCCCUCAAGGUCCUAGAGCACGAAGUCUUCACGGUUUCUCCCGUAAAGACAUUAGGGUCGGGUCUCAAGUUUGCCCCGCUGGGCCUCAUCGACAUGUUCAAUGCGGGUGGAGCCAUUGAAGGCCUCAAAUACCAAGUUAAGGAUGGAGCCAAAUUGUCCAAACUCGAAAAUGGGGCAGCGGAGACGGUGGCUCCUGCCGUGGCUCGGUUGGAGGUUAAGGGUUGCGGCCGCUUUGGAGCGUACUCAUCGGCGAAGCCGCGGCGGUGCACGGUGGGCUCGGCGUCGGCGGAUUUCGCGUACGAUUCAUCUUCGGGAUUGGUGUCUCUGAACUUGACCCGUAUGCCCGAGAACGGUCAAAAGGUUCAUGUUAUUGAGCUUGAAUUGUAAGCGACGGCCAUAAUGAGAUCAUGAUUUCAUGGCGGCUAAAUCCAUGCAUGGGAAUAAAACCAUUUGAAAUCCAUUCACGGGAUGAUACCAUUUGAUGACA